AUGUCUGCCAGCUUGUCAGGUUCAGAUUCAGAGGAGGAUGUCGAGUUCGAAGAUGCGUUUCCGCGACGCCAGCCUGUUCAGCCCGGGGAGCCCGAAUCUGCCCACUCGAUUGUGAUUGACCUUGACCGAUCCCCUUGGGCAACACGAUGCUACCUACCUGAUCAACAAGCCCGGCCUUUUGCCUCAGGCUCCGAGGAAGAAGAGCAGCUUCGCGCCACACUGACUGCUGGCCUGGACAAAAUCAACUACCGCCAAAUGAAAGCAGCCCUUGGCAUGUCCUCUGAUGCCAACCACGUUGAAGACGGUCCAUUCCGCAGCUUCAAGGAGUUGUGCGCAUCUAUCGAGAAAUUGACCGACACGCUUUGGGCUUCAGCAACAACAUCCGUCUCGGUGGAAGGAUUCCUCGCACUGGCCGGGAUCCUCAACACAUCCAUGAAUACUUACAGCAUCGAAAUCCAAACAACUCUAGACAUCCUCAACAAAUUCGACAUCAUCUUCGAGGCUCUUUGCACCGAGAAACAUCCAAAUACGGGAGAGCCACUCCCUCGCCUGAGCGACCGUCCACUCGCGACGCAGACCCAGAAGGUGCGCAUGCGUAGCAUAGCAGAGAACACCCGGGGUACUGUGCUUAGCAUGUUGUACACCAGCUCGGGGUCCAGCGAAGGCCCUCUACUGACCGACGACAGCCAGCUUACGAACGGGGACUUGAAUGAUGAGCCUUCGGAGUUCGAGGACGAUAUGGAGGAAGAUUUCCCUGUGGAUACUCAGACGGAUACUGCGGAUGCGCCGUGGUGGAUGGAAGUGAACAAGAUCUACGAGCGCACGCUGAUGCUGCUCGGUAAUUUCGCGUUCGAAUAG